AUGGGGUGCACACCUUCCCACAAUGACCUUGUUAAUAGCGUCGCUAAGAGUGGCAUCCAGUUUUUUAAAAAGCCCAAAGCAAUUUUGCCGGGACGUCAGGGGGGCAGUGAAAGAUGCUCUACCCCUUCGCUGCUUCCCACCUCCACCUGCUAUGACUCUGGGGGAGGCUUGUCCCAGGGACAGAGGCUGGCACAGGAGCAUUCAAGUUCCCAGACCCAAAGCUCGGCUGAAGGUCUUUGUCAGCUCCCAAGAGAUCCCACUGUAGGCAAAGGGAAAGAUAUGGAAGGACUGCCCCCCAAAGCCAAAACCUCCCAAUCCCACCUGGGCAAAUCACAAAGCCGCACGGCUAAGGACAUGCCGUCCAAGACACAGAGCUCCCACGGGUCACCAGGGGCAGCCUCCUCUGGGGAAGCCAGUGAAGAAAGUAACACCCAGGAAAGGAUGCUGAGAUGCCACACAUGUGGCCAACAGGGCCAUUGCUGCCAAAACAGCAUUCCUGCUCACGAGCCUCAGGGCAAAGUGGACUUCCCCGAGCCCCUGGUGAAAGCUCACCAGCAUGCCUAUACCUACCUCCACUCCAGCCUCUCCAAAUAUGAAGCAAUUCUGUGCAUCACCCAUCAGGCCACCCAGACCCAAGAGCUGCUCCAGCCCAUGGUCAGCUUCCUGCUGCUGUGCUUUGAUGAGGUCAACCGGCUCUUGGGGGAGAUCUCCAAGGAUGGAGAAGUGCUCCUCCAAGAAGUUAGGGAGGAUCUGGCGUGGCCAUUGAGGAAAGGAGAGCCCCAGGAGCAGCCGGACCUCCUACCACAGCUUCUGCAGCACACAGUCAGCAAGCUGCUGGUGCUCAGGGGCAUGGUGGCCUCACUCACCGGCAGCUUCCUGGAGAGCUCCAGCAGUUACCUCCAUGCCACUGCGAGCCACGUGGGAAAGAAGCUGAGCACAAAGAGGGGUGUGGAUGAAUGUCUCCUGCGGGCUCUGGGGCAACUGGAGAGCUUGGUGAGUGGCCACGGCGACCCUGGGAUGCAGGGUCUGCCCUUGUGCUCCGAGGACAGUGGCAUCGGUGCUGACAAUGAGUCUGUGCAGCUGGCCGACAAGCUGGGCAAGCAAGCCAGCUGGGACUCAGAGCCCUCGGAAUGGAAACCAGCGUUUCCAGCCACACCGGAAGCCAGGCUCUCAGGACACACCUGGCAGCAAAGUCCUUUCCAGAUGGAUUCAGACCGACCCCAGGACUGCCCGCUCUCGAGACCUCCUAUGGCGAAGGUUCAGCCAGAGGCACAGGGUGGGGCCGGUGGCCCAUGCCCCUCCAGCACGGGCCCAAGAAACACUACCUCCAGCCCCCUGGGGAUGGCCAAAAGCACUUGGCGUGACUCCCUUGGGAUUGGGAUCUCCAGGGAAGCACGUUUUUCUAAAGGCCCCAGGUUGAUGGGCACGUCUUCCCUCAGUGAAGGUGAGGACAGUAGCCCAGAGGAGGAGGAAGACCAAGCGAGCAGCAUGAGUCCCUGUGCAUGGCGGGAAAAUUCUUCCCAACCAAGGCCACGGUCUUCACCUGGUAGCCCGGAAAGCCUGUUUCAGCCACACCCCAGGAGGCUUAGGAGCCCCCAAGCCCAGGAAAUGAUUCUGAAGAUGAAGGAAGCAAUCAGCGAAAGGAUCAAGUUUGUCCCUGUGCCCUCGGGGCCCCAGGACUGGCCUGAGGAGGAGGAGAGGAGGACGGCGGUCCCACCAAGACCCAGCACAGCCAGUGGCAGCAGAAGGGCCCCUGUGAGGCAGAGGAGGUCCCAGUCAGAGGGCUGUCUGAAGAGCCAGGCCGAGGACCCCACCCUCCAGGAGCUGCGGAGGGUCCAGAGAGACCUCAGCCAGAGGCUGGAGGCAUUUUACGCCCUGGGCGCACGACAGCAGGGGCAGAGCGCGGGGCAGGUCCCGCAGCCCAGAGCAGAGGCUCUGAGGCCCGACAACUGCAGGGUCACCCCGAGCAACACCAUCAGCAAGCUGAAGGCCUCUCUCACCAAGAACUUCAGCAUUUUGCCAAGUCAGGACAAAAGCAUCUUGCAGAAAUGCGGUCCCCGCCCUGAGAGUGAACAGCCCUGGUGGCGGAGAGCUGAGGGGCUUCCGGUGGCCAUUGCGUCGGGUGAGAGGGCCAGUGAGGCUCCAGGAGCCAUGGACUGGAAUGUCAGGGGCUGCCCCACCAGAACAUCGGUCAAGAAACUCAUUGAAACUUUCAGUCCCACUAAGAGUCUGAGAACACUGGGGGAUUCCAAGGACUCUGGGCCAAGCCCCUGCCUCAGGAAAUGGGGGGUCCCCAUCAUGCCUCCCAGAUUUCCCAUUUACAGGGGGCUUGCCCCUUUGUAUCCAAAGCCACAAAUUUCUCCAGCAGCAAGCAGAGACCCCCUCCAGGUGGGGCCAGACUGGAGGCCCCCACCUCCUAUUUUUCCCCCUAUGCUCACAGCAGAAGCAUCCAAGAGUGAGGAUCUCAAUUUCAACUGUGAAACAGAGGAGGACCCAGAGCAUCUCCCUCCACCGCCUCUGGAAGUCCUGAUGGACAAAUCCUUCAUCUCUCUGGAGCCCCCAGAAAGCAGCAAGCCAGCAGGGAGCUCCUCCAAGGAGACCCAUGUGCCAGGGCCAGGAGGGGCUGACCCUGCCCGGAGAACGUGGGCUUCCCCAAAGCUAAGAGCCUCCAUGAGCCCCACUGACCUGCUACCCAGCAGGAGCACGACUGCCCCCACCAGACCCCACAGCACAGGGCCAGGGGGCAGCAAGAGUGGCUGCGGCACCAAAAAGCUCACCUGGGACCUUAACCACCUGCCAGCAACCAGCAGAAACCCAGAGGUGGAGGGCAGCGGGGCUCCGAGUCAGGCACCUGCAGACAAGGCUGCCAGCCUGUCCAAGCAUCCCCAGAAGGCCAUCCCCUGGCACCACUCCAGCCACACAUCUGGGCACAACAGGACCUUGGGACCCAGCCUGGCCAGGCCAACACGGGGGCCACAUUCUCCUGAGGCCCCAAGACCGAGCCAGGAGAGAAGCGCCCUGCUGGUCAGGAAGGCCUCUCCCUCAAGGGGAUACUGGACACCCCGAGCAGUCAGGAGGCAGCCCUCCUCUCACAGACCUGUCCGGCCAAGUGCUCCUUCUGUGCAUGGCUCCUCCAGCCCACCUGUCAGCCCUCCGGUGAGCCCCAAGGUGCUAAGCCCCCCAACAACGAAGAAAGUAGCUUCCCCAGCAACACGGCAGCACAAGCCGCCCAGCCCUCCCCCCGCGAGCCCACCCACACGUCACAAGGCCUCCAGCCCCCCCGCCCAGCACACGGAAGCAAGUUCCCUUUCCUCUGGCGCCUCCCCAUCCCCCCCAGUGUCCCCUACUGAGGGACAGGAAACAAGAGGUUCUGAGAACAAUCGGGCAGCCACAGCCAAAGUGUCUGGGAACACGUGUUCCAUAUUCUGUCCAGCCACCUCCUCUCUGUUUGAAGCUGCGCUGCCACCUUCAACCACCCACCCGCUCACCCCACCAUCGCUGCCACCUGAAGCCGGGGGCCCUCGUGGGACCCCCGCAGGAUGCUGGAGGAGCAGCUCAGGGCCACGGCCGAGGGCGGGCUCACAGCGGGGCAUGGCCCUGUGUGCCCUCAACCCUCAGCCUUUCGUCAGGAGGACAGCUUCUGACCGCCGGCCAGGUCUCCGCCUCCCGCUGCCUGUCCCCGGUGCCACCAGCAACGCUUGUGAAUCCCCACUCAGCAGGAGCAGCAGCAGUGAGGAGAGCCCCAAAAAGGACACUGAGCCAUGGAGCAGCCCCUGUGCCCCGGAACUAAAGGGUUCUGGCUUGGAUGCAUCUCCCCCAGAGCUCUGCGUGUUGGGCCACGGGCUGCAGCGGGAGGCCAGAGCCAGCCGCGCCCAGGACAAGCCUCAAGAGAAGGAAGUAGCCUGACAAGCCAACCAUCAGGGUCACACUGAUGCCAGUCAUCCCAGAAUAUGGGUGACAGCCAAGCAGCAGACUGCCCCAUAGAUGGUGGACCAACCAAACUCCUAUUGAGGUGUCCUAGAAAGAUCUGGAAAGUACACUGCCCAGAGAGUCUGCUAAAUUCUAAACAUUCGCCACUUUCAGUCCCAGAUUCUGGUUUGCCUUGGGGCUCAAAAGUUAACUAUAACUUUAGACCCCCACAAAGACACUCUUCAAUCCUUCAAGUACUGCCUUAACUCAGGGGGGGAAAUGUAUUUAUCGCACGCUGGAUGGGCCGGGGGUCUUACCUGGGUUAGUUUCAUUGAAUCAAUUAAUCCUCACAACAAAGAAGGAAGCAGAUAUCACCCUCCCUAUUUGCAGAUAAAGAAAACCAAAGCGCCCCUACAGCCCCACCCCAACAGUGUCUUGCCUGAGGUCACACAGCUAGGAAGAGAAUACAGCAAAAAUCAAAGAGGUGUUCCUGGCACCAGAAUCUCUUUGCUUUUCGUUCCAUUUCAUUGCCCAUGACUCUUCCAUUACUCCAUCUGCCCAAAGCAUGUCUAGUUGUACAAAGGGUUGGAAAGUUUGGGUGUUUGUUUGUUUUUUUAAAGAUUAAACAGUGGCACAGCAUUCGAGUCACCACUGAGGGCUUUGUUUGGAAACCGAUUGCUUCAGAGAUAGGAAGACCAAGGUGGAAUUAAGACACACACCCUUCUCUCCUCCCUCCCAAGCACAGACCCAAAGCCCUCAACACAAAGCUCCCAGCCCACUUGAGCUGAGCGGCCUCAGAUUGUGUCUCAGAGGAGUGUCUCACAUGCUCUGCCCUACGCAUCCACAUGCCUCUCAAGCUGGGUGGGUACAACCAAGCCUUGCAAACACACAGCCUGUUCUCUGUGCCCCAAAGAGGCUGGGGUUCCAGAGGGUACACACACGCACGCUCGCGCACGCACGCCAGUCUCCCCCAGGGGCUUCGUGGCCAACAU